GCACACACACGCGCACACCGGCGCAGAGCAGGCAGCGAAUUUACUCGCCGGCUCUCAACAAGAACGCGUCGACAUAUACACCGUGCUUGAACGUACCGAGGUGAUAUAUCUGUUAUUUAUCCUACGGUCGAAGACGAGUUAAUCGUGAAAAUGGCCGGGGAAAAGCGUACUCAGGAUCAAGAGGAAACAUCGCUUUCGGGAACGGUGAUCUUGGUUGAUAUCGAAGGCACCACGACCAGCGUGAGCUUCGUGAAGGAUGUCCUUUUCCCGUACGUGCGAGAGAAUUUAAGCAAAUAUAUCGAAAGUAAAUGGGAGGAUGAAGAAUUCAAGAAGGAUUUCGAGAAAUUAAAAGAACAGGCUAAGAAAGAUGAAGAAGAUAAAGUUGAUGGAUUUGUGCCAAUUGCUGGUGAUACAGAAGAAGAGAAGAAAUCAUUGGUCAAAAAUGUAUUAUGGCAAAUGGAUGGUGAUCGUAAAACUGGCGCAUUGAAACAAUUACAGGGACAUAUGUGGCGUGAGGCUUACAAUUCUGGAGCAGUAAAAGCACAUGUUUAUGAAGAUGUUCCGAAAGCACUAGAAGCAUGGACGAAUGACGGUAAAAAGGUCUAUGUUUAUUCAAGUGGUAGCGUCGAAGCGCAAAAGCUUCUGUUCGGACAUUCUGUACAUGGAGAUUUACUUAAGCAUUUCAGUGGUUAUUUUGAUACCGAAGUAGGCGCGAAGCAAGAAACUAGUAGUUACAAGAAUAUAUUAAAUAAAAUUGGAGCUGAUCCAUCAGCUAUAAUCUUUCUCACUGACGUCGUUAAAGAAGCGGCAGCGGCUAAGGAGGCGGGUCUAACGGCAGUGCUGGUAGAACGCGAGGGUAACGCUCCUCUAACAGAUGAAGAUAAAGUAUCUUUCACGACGAUCAAAUCUUUCUUGGACUUAACAUUUCAAGCAUCUACGAAGAGACAGAAACUAGAGACAACGGAAACGCAAGAGGCAACGGCCAAGGAGGCGAACGUCGUCAACAAAGAUACCUGUGAACCCAUGGAUACCUCGGAGGACGUUGAGAUGUCUGACGUCAGUGAGAAGAAGGACGACAAGGUCGAGCCGAAAAAAGCUGAAACUGUUCCAGCGGAAACAAGCGAAAACGCGAAAGAAACGCCAAGCACAGACAUGAAAGUGGAUGAACCGAUGCAAACCGAUGCAAAGGAAACGCCGGAUACCGAUACCGUAACUGAGUCAGCGGUAAUAGAGAAAAUAGAGGACCAACCGUCAGAGGUGAGUACAAAACCAGUUGUUUCCGAAAACGCUCCUGUUGUAAACAGUAAGACCGAGUCAACACUAACAACAUCAUCGAAGAGCGAGACGGACAAGUCUGUGGCAACCGAGAAAGUAUGUAAACCCAUGGACACAGAAAAGGUUACAGAGCUUCCCGCGCCUGUAACAGCCACUCCUACUGCCAGUGAACCCGUGGAACCUGUUGCAACAAGUGAGCCUAAAUCAAAGUCUGAAGAAAUUCCCGCUAAAGAGAAAAAGACUGAAGAACUCACGCCAACCGCGAAAGAAACAAAGUCUGAAGAUAGCACGGUACCAGAUGUAAAAACUAACGAGAGCGUGUCGCAAGAGAAGAGCAGUAGUAACAGUGUAGAAGAGAAAGCGGAGGAAUGUCCUAAGAAAAAGUCUGAGAAAGAGGCGAGCGAGGAAUCCACUGAAAAGGUAGCCAAGCCCAGUACGGCAGAGGCGCAGAAACCGGAGAGCGAGGAGACCACGAUGAAACCGAAACAGGAGACCGCGAAAACAGAGGAGAAGCCAGUGGAGAACGGCGAUGUCCCAUUGACCAACAUAGAAAAAGUCACCGCGCCGACGAUAACAGAGUCAGAAGCAACCAGUAGCAAAGCAGAGGCGGACUCUGAAGCGAAAAAAUCAACGGAAACAGAAACUAAACAGGAAAUGGAAACAGAGCCGGUUAUUGACAAGGCCGCUAACACGAAAGAGGCAGAAGAAGCGACGGCAACAGCGGUAGCUGCGGCUGCAGCUGUACCUGCGAAAGAAGCAGAGGAAAAGGAAGCAAGCGGCGACGCAACAAAACAGGAGACGAAGGAGAAGCCAGUGAAAGAAGACGUUGUGGUAGAUGAAGUGAAGGACACGAAUACAGUUGAUUCCGAGAAGAAGAAAUUAAACGGUACGACGCAGAAUGGAGACACCGACGUGCCAGUGUCGGAUGACAAAUUGCACAGAAACGGACUGAACGAGGGGUCAUCGUCUGAAACGGUGAACUCGUCAGCAGCCAGCGAAAGCACAUCUGCACAGAACGGUGAGCCAGAGAGUUCCUCCGAGGCGAACGCCGAGUCUAUAAAAGUCAAAAAGGUCGUUGAUUCCACGGUAGCCGACGGUGCCGGCGAACCUGACGUUGUUCCCCCCGUAGUUGUAGCUGCGACGUCUUAAUCUUGUUCUAAUACAUUUUAAGAAGUCCUUCAUACAUAACCCCAACCCACAAUACUUAUCCGCAGGUAUAAACUGAAAAAGUUGGCUCCCUACACCUUACAUAAAUCGUAUGACGUUAAAAGAAGUAAUACGUUUAAUUUAAGAAUGAAGUUCAUAGGAUUUCUAUUUCUUCAGAAAAAAUGCUAAGAAAAAAAUAUGCGAAGGGACACGAUGAUACUGACAUCCGCAGCGUGUUUCAGAUUCGAUUAUCUUUCACGGCUAAAUAAACUUGGAUGCAUCAUGCUUGUUGAUUGUGCUCACCCAGAAAGAGAGAGAGUGAGAGA